GGCGUUGGCGGCGGAAGCCAAGGCGAGGGCAGCAGUGAAGAACUUCAUCUUGAUGGUUUGUUUGAGAGUUGGGUAUCCUGGUGAGUGUUUUGCUCUCUGGUUGCGUGGAACGGAGGCGUUUCUGUAUGCGACUGAAAGCAGGCCUGCUGAAGUCGAGAUCAAUGGAAAUCGAUAAGAGUUUCGAAAAAGGGCGAAGUCGACCGGUCUAGAAGGACUGAAAUGUAGUUGGUUUCGAGGUGUAAGCUCUGGGCUUUGCCUGUGUCAAGGAACGGACUGGUCAACAGUAACUUCGUGCUGGACGAGAGACUGAAGGGAGCAACGACUCAAAAAGAUAUCGAGGCUCAACUGGGUAUAAGGAAUGGAAGGUUCGUUCAAAAAGAAAGCGAACAAUAAGGGAGUGUGGAUCAGCGACCAGCUGUGUACAGAACGCGAUGGGGUUGAGAAACAAAACAGGGAGGCCCGUUAUCGAGGGCCAGAGAUGGAUUUAUAUCAACCAACCAACCGUUCAAGACCGCGGCCCUUCAUGACCCAAGCAGGGAGGUCGUUUCCCUCUGCCCCCUUGUCCGUGGCCCUUGGCCCCCUCCGAGGCUCCGUCAUCCUGCUGGAAGGAAAAAUAAGACUAGCUGGGGUUUGCGCAGCGAAUAGUGGCACUCUCACCCCCAACUCGCUGUGCGCCAAAGGCACAACCGCCCGCCCGCCCCCUUCCCUCCUUACACUGGAUUGGAUGUAUCCGUACAGCUCCGCUCCUGCAGGUCAGCCCUUAUCCAUUUCAUCUCUGGCGCCUCUGGUACCUUGCAGCUGUCCGGGUCCUCACCCUACCCUAUCUCCCUCCCCUCCCCUCUUCUCUUCUCCCCCUGAUGGUGCGUUGGGCUUCCGCACCGGUUCCCGCCUUGCAGGAGGGUGCUACAUGGAGCGGCGCUAGCGCGGUCCUCUGCCGAAGAGGCAAGCUUUGGACAAGGAAAAUUGUCGCCGCUGGGCGACGUUCCAAGAG